CCUCGUAGCACCAACCCAUGGAAGCGUCGGCCACCUCCAACGUGUUGGCCUUUGUGCCAAUAUUAGCUCUUCUUUACAGGAUUUCGGAUGGUUGCACCUUCACCGUAUCCAACAACUGUCCCCACCCGAUCUGGCCCGGGACGUUGGCCGGGGCCGGCACACCCCAGCUCCCGACGACCGGCUUCCGGCUCGAUUCCGGGCAGACUGCUCGGAUACGAGCGCCACCCGGGUGGUCAGGCCGGAUAUGGGCUCGAACAGGAUGCAACUUCGACACCAACGGAGCCGGCACGUGCCAAACCGGAGACUGCGGCGGACGGAUGGAGUGUGGAGGCAUUGGGGCUCUACCGCCGGUGACAUUGUUUGAGAUCACCCUCGGCAAAGGCCUGGACGAGGAUUACUACGACGUGAGUCUCGUGGACGGAUACAACUUGCCUGUCGUCGCGGCACCGAGGGUGCUACACGGAGGUUGUAACGCGACCGGAUGUUUAGCAGAUCUCAACCGUGGUUGUCCCAAGGAGCUUCGGGUGGACGGUGGCGGUGGGGUGGUGGCAUGCAGGAGUGCUUGUGAGGCAUUCGGGCUGGAUGAGUACUGCUGCAGCGGGGAGUAUGCUAACCCCUCCUCCUGUAAACCAUCUUUCUAUUCAACCAUCUUCAAGGCUGCCUGCCCAAGAGCAUAUAGCUACGCAUUUGAUGAUGGCACAAGCACCUUCACCUGCAACGCCUAUGAUUACACCAUUGUCUUCUGCGCCAAUGUCAACAGGAUGAGGAGCUCACACAAUUAUUCUAAGGGUCAACCUACUGGUGACGAACCUGCGGAUACGCCAUCCUCUGCGAACAACCUUCCUUUUCAUCUAUGCUUCCUCGUCUUGUUCAUUCUGUUCUUCUAGGGUAGCUGAAGAGAUCUAUGAACACACGUCGUGACCUAGUUGAUCUCUAUCAUGACAGCUCAAAGAGACAGGCCAGGCCAAACUAAAGUUGACAUAAACUCGUGCAAGGAUCUUUGCCAUGCGGAGUUCAUCACACGUUGUGACCUAGUUGAUCUCUAUCGACCACACUUUCGACAGUCUCAAUCAAGGAGCCAGUGGUGUGCAAAAAAGUUAGAGAUGUAGAUCUCAAUAUGAUCUCUUGGGAGGAGAUCGUAACGAGCUUCCUUGGUGAUUGCGUCUUAAGAACUCGUUAUGCUUGACAACAAAUGGUACUAAAAUAUUAUUAAAUCCUCAAAAUAACCAGCAUGUACUCUC